AUGACGACUUCGGAAGGAUUCAACCCCGCCAUUGUCAUCGUGGACUUGCAGGAAGACUUUUGCCCGCCGAAUGGGUCUCUCGCUGUGGCCAAUGGUCGCGAUACCGUCAAAGCCAUCAACAGUCUCCUCGCCCUGCCCUUUUCCCUGUGUGUCGCCACCAAGGAUUGGCACCCACAGGACCACAUCUCGUUUGCGUCUAAUCACCCAGGCAAGCGGCCAUACGUGGACUAUGCCACCGUGACCAAUCCGCUCAACCCGGCCGAGACUCCAUAUGAGACGCGUCUAUGGCCGGACCAUUGCGUGCAAGGCUCGCCGGGCGCAGAGCUGAUCCCGGAGCUGGACCACACGCACAUCCACAAGAUUAUCGAGAAGGGCACGAACAAAGACGUGGAGAUGUACAGCGCUUUCUACGAUCCGUUUGAGCACCCACGGGUGUGCGACAGCGGCCUCGCCGCCCUGCUGCGAUCGCCGUCGGAAAAGUCGACUGCGAUCACGCACGUCUACGUGGUGGGCCUGGCGGCAGACUACUGCGUCCGCUGCACAGCUCUCGAUGCGCGCAAGGAAGGCUUCGUCACGUACAUCGUGCAGGAGGCCACACGCCCCGUCGACCCGGCCGGCUGGCUGACAGAGCAGCAGCAGAUCCAGGCUGCAGGCGUGGGCAUCAUCAGCAUAGACGGGCCCGAAGUGGCGCGCGUCAAGGCUUUAAAAUAG